AUGAUUAAACGGUUCUGCGAAGCUCAUCUUGCCAAGAUCAAUCUUUCAAAAGGUUGUAAUGUUCGGAAAAACAAUUUAAGAGAGUUCGGAAUUGAUUAUUUAGUAACCAAUGGAUGCUCGGAUCAUCACAGCUCCAUCACCAUGAACACAUUUCACAUUUCCGAUAUGAACAAGAAAAAUAGAUUAUCCGUAGAGAAAUCAACACAAUUUCGAAACUAUUCUACAUGUUACAUUCAUUGCUAUGGUGUUACUAAAACCAAGACCAUUACACCAAAGAAGAAUAUUGAAUCUGCUGCUGCUACUAAUUCUUCACCAACAACCACUCAAGAUGCCAAAUCGAGCAAUGUUGAUUCCACCAAGAAAUUGAACAUAGAAUCCCAUAACACAAUGGGCAAUAGAAGUAAUAUUCGAGAAAAGACUUUGCAAAACGAAUCAGAACAUGCAAUUUUGGAGAGAAAACAUUUAACUAAUGAUCAACAAGUAUCAAAUGAUCACGCGUCGUCUUCAAACAAGAAUCAAGACAUUUCAUCAUCACAACAACAGAAUAUUCAUUUUGAUGAAUCUAUCGAUGAUAUUUAUUCUGGAAAUUAUGAAGAGGAUAUAACAACAGAGGAUGACAAAAAAAUUACUUAUUCAGAGCAAGCAUCCCCCAAGAAAGAAAAACUCACACCCAUGAUGGCUCAAUAUUUCAAAAUUAAGGAAAAACAUUCUGAUUAUUUACUGUUGUUUAGAAUGGGCGACUUUUAUGAAAUGUUCUUUGAUGAUGCUGUACGAGCGUCACAAGUACUUCACAUUACAUUAACAAAACGAGGAAAGCAUUUGGGAGAAGAUAUUCCUAUGGCCGGAAUUCCACAUCAUGCACUUGAUGCAUAUCUACAAAAACUCAUCAAGAAUGGAGUUGUUGUUGCAAUUUGUGACCAAGUGGAGGAUCCUGCUGAGGCAAAGAAAAAUAAGAAAAUUGUUGAGAGACAAAUUACUAGGUUAGUCACACCCGGAACUCUGGUGGAAGAUCGAUUUCUGGAGGCCAGCGAAAACAACUAUCUCGCUGCCAUUGGUUUACCAGAAAAGUUCUCUCUCAACGAUGAAGGUCACAAGGAACAACAGGUCACUUUAGCAUGGGUUGAACUCUCAACAGGAGAAUUCAAUUAUGUAAAUUGUGCAUUUGGGAAUUUGCAAUCGGAAUUGCUGAGAUUGAGUCCAAGUGAAAUCAUCGUGCCAAAACAAUUCGAAGCAAUCCUUAAGAAUAGAAUUCAAGACUACCAUGUGUCAUUAAGGAAACAAAGUUCUUUUCAUCAUUGCUCUGAAAUGAUUCAAAAACAUUUCAAAUUGGACAAUCUCUCGAACUAUAGUGGGCUUGACAUUUUGACAUGUGGAUUGAUUUUAGAUUAUGUGAAAGAAACACAGAAAGGUCAAAUGCCAACUCUAAACAUUCCUGGAAAAUUUAAAAUGGAACUUAAUUUAUCGAUUGAUUUGGCCACUCGUAAAAGCUUGGAACUCACACGAACCUUAUCUGGCUCAAGAAAGGGAAGCUUGCUUUCAAUUCUUGACAAGUGUGUAACAGCCUCUGGAGCCAGAUUGCUCUCCUAUCGAUUGGCCUCUCCACUCGCUGUUCCAUCAGAAAUUGAGGAUCGAUUAGAUUGUGUCGAGUACAUGAUUGAUGAUCUUCACUUGAUUCAUCAAAUUAGAGACUUUUUGAAAAAUUGUUAUGACAUGGAGAGAUCCAUUCAACGACUCAGUCUCAGCAGAGGCAGUCCAAAGGAUUUGUAUUCAGUAGCUGCCACCAUUUUGCAAUGUAAGAACUUGAAAGAGUUGUUGCAGAGUAAUCAGACAAAGCGUGCACUGCAACCUCCAAAGCUUCUUCAACAGAUCAUUGAGGAAUUGAAUACAUUGGAACAACUCGGCAUUAUGGAAGAGGUUCUUUCAGCCCUUAAAGAAUACGACGAUCUUCCCAACUCGGUCAAUGACGGAGGCUUCAUUAAGCUUGGUUAUUCGAAAGAGUUGGACGAGUGGAUUCAUCUGAGUCAGCACAGUGAAUCUCUUAUACAGGAUCUUCAAAAGCAAUACAGAGAUUUGACUGGUAUAUCAAGCUUGAAAAUUAAGAACAACAAUAUCAUGGGUUACUUUAUUGAAUGUUCUUCGUCCUAUAAGGAAAAGCUGCUACAAUUCAAAGAAUUCACUCACAAACAAACCAUGACCACUGCAGUUCGUUUCAAAACAUCACGCCUCGAGGAGUUGCAAGAGAAAUUAGGAAAGGCCCAACAAGAAGCCAUUGAUAUGGAACUCAAAAUUUUCUUUCAGCUCCAAAAGAAAGUUCUAUCUCUUGCCAAGUCGCUUCUACUCUCUGGACAAGCAAUAUCAUCUGUUGAUGUGUAUUCUUCCUUGGCCUUACUUGCCCGAGAACGAAAUUACAAGAGACCUCGAGUGUUGCCAUUUUCUGAUCUGAAUGAUGACACGACCACAAAUAAUGCUCAUCCACAGUUGCAACUCAACUACUCAACAAUGCCCAUGUUUCAUAUUGAGAAAGGUCGUCAUCCCAUUGUGGAAUAUGCCCAACAAACAAGCACUGCCAAGAAUCCAUCCAACCAGAAUGCACUUGGAAUUACCUUUGUUUCCAACGAUUGUUUCAUGUAUAACAAUGAAAAUCGACUCAUGUUGUUAACAGGAGCAAACAUGGCUGGAAAGAGUACCUACCUUCGUCAAAAUGCCCUUAUUAUCAUUUUGGCUCAAAUGGGCUCCUUUGUGCCAGCUGAAAAAGCUGAAUUUAUGGUUGUUGAUAAGAUAUUCAGUCGUGUGGGUGCUUCUGACAAUUUGGCCAAUGAUCAAAGCACCUUCAUGGUAGAAAUGGUUGAAACUGCCAACAUUCUCAAUCAAGCUACGAAUAAGAGUUUUGUCAUUAUGGAUGAAUUGGGUCGUGGAACAUCUGUACUCGAAGGCCUAAGUAUUGCCACCGCAGUGAUUCAACAUCUCCAUAACAAGAUUCAAUGUCGAACUCUUUUUGCCACUCAUUUUCAUGAAUUAAUUGAGAAGGCAAAAGAAUUGAAAAGUAUGAAACCUUACAAGUUGGAGGUAAAAGUGAAUUCAAGAAAUGAAAUUGAGUUCACCUACCGAAUCGUUCCCGAUAAGAUUGUGGAUGGCAAAGCGCUGCCUCAACACAUUCUUCGUAUGCCAUUCAAGUUGCAAAAUUGGCUGGAGUGCCUCAAGUAG